CAAAUUACUAAAUUACUAUAGACUUUUUGCGCACAACGCAUGUGUAGAUGAAUGUUAGAAGUAAAUAAAUUGAGUCGUUCGGUCAAAAUAAUCUGAUAGCUUUUUAAUUUAUUUAAAUUCCGGUUUGUGGCCGGUCAUUUGAGCACAUUAAUUUCGGGUCGUAUCAUAAUUUGUGUUAAUAGAUAGUUUUCUUAAUCGUGAAAUUGUUUCAAGAAAAAGUGUCGAUAUUAAAAUUCAGCUUAGACAAAGGAAAAAAUUUAUUUCAUCUAGACCUGCAAAAACUACACUGUGUUUUUUCAUGUACGUUACAUAAAGUCUUGUUAUGCUUGGUGGUGCUGUGCUAGGCUAGCUUUCCUUGUAAACGGUUCACCGAAGACAUCUGGUUGGAUAUCUUCGCGGUUCACUAAUAUAUAGAUGCGUAUCAGAAGGUUCACAUGUUGUUGGAAUCGUACCGUGUCCGUGUUGCGACCGUGGAAGUCGACAGGGUUUGGAAUGCAGUGGCGUGUCUAGCGUUAUAAGGACUCCCAGGAUGAACAUACGAACUCAAAAAGUGAUCGAAACGAGUUUUAGGGAUCUAAUCUUCGGUGGAGGAAGAGCCCCUACGAGAUAGACUGACGAUAUUAAAAGAAUACGGACAAAUUGGGUAGCGACCGCUCAGAGCAGAGAAAACUGGAAGCAUUUGGAGGAGGCCUAUGUCCAGCAGUGAAGGAGAUAAGGCUGAAUGAUGACAUGCCGAUCUGAGCUCUUUGAUACAUUCUAUAGACCUUCAAAUUUAUUAUGUUCAAGUUGCUACUACUGACAAUAUGUACAAUAGGCAAUAUAAUUUUCAUACAAGCUUUUCCAUACGUAAGAAAACAAUCGAACAUUUUCACAAUAACAGCGGACGAUCCCGACCCAGAUACGGAAGAAUUAUACACGGACGAUUGGGAUUAUAAAUUAAAGCAAAACCGAAUACCAAUUUUGACAAAUUUGUACAGGAAUCAUACACUUCCACCGACAGCCAAUGGCAGUGGCCGUCUUCUGUGGGAAUUGGACCAAGAAAAAUCCACGCAUCUGCCGCAAUUCUUUGACAAAGCGUUAAAGUUACUGAAUUUAAAACAAGUAGCGUAUGAAAUUGAAAAUUCUGUUAUGAGUAAAGUUUCGUGUACAGCUUGUAAGGCAGGAGCAGGUUUGUUACAACAUUAUAUUAAAACAGGGAGAUCCGAGAAGGAUAUUAAAAAAACCAUUUACCAUUUUUGUGUGAAUUUGAAGAUACAAUCACCUAGGGUGUGUGAAGGAAUCACAGAGUUAUUUGCAGGAGAAGUAAUCUACGUACUGGGGAAAGUAAAGAUGGGUCCUGACGAAGUGUGCAGUUUCGUUAUAGGCGACGCUUGUGGAGAUAUAUAUAAUCCUUACCACGAAUGGGAAGUUCUAUUUCCUCCUGUACCAAAACCAACGGUAGCUGAAACAAAGAUACCUGAGGCUAAUGCUCCUACUUUCAAAGUUCUACAUCUUUCGGAUACCCAUUAUGAUCCUUAUUAUAUGGAAGGGAGUAAUGCAGAUUGCGCCGAGCCUCUCUGUUGUAGACUAACAAAUGGAUUAGCUUCUUCGAAGGAAACGGCAGCUGGAAAGUGGGGAGACUACAGAAAAUGUGAUACCCCGAAAAUAACAGUAGAUAACAUGUUACAGCAUAUUCAAGAAACGCACUCGGACAUAGAUUACAUUCUUUGGACUGGGGAUUUACCCCCACACGAUAUCUGGAAUCAAACAAGAGAAGAGAAUUUGAAAACUUUGAAAGAUACGGUAAAUCAGAUGUCAAGUAUGUUUCCGGGAAUACCAAUAUUUCCAGCAUUAGGCAAUCAUGAAUCUGCUCCUGUUAAUAGUUUUCCUCCACCAUACGUAACCACACCAGAAAGUUCUAUAUCUUGGCUGUAUGACGAAUUGGAUGUACACUGGAGGAAAUGGCUACCUAGUUCAGUUAGUAACACAGUCAGAAGAGGAGCUUUUUAUUCAGUUCUUAUUAGACCAGGAUUUCGACUUAUCUCCUUAAAUAUGAACUAUUGCAAUAACAAAAAUUGGUGGUUACUGCUGAACAGCACAGAUCCAGCAACGGAACUUCAAUGGUUCAUAUACGAACUUCAGUCAGCGGAAUUCAAUGGAGAAAAGGUGCAUGUAAUAGGUCAUAUUCCACCUGGUCAUUCCGAUUGCCUGAAAGUCUGGUCAAGGAAUUAUUAUGCUAUCGUCAACAGAUACGAAACAACUAUAACUGCCCAAUUUUUCGGACACACCCAUUACGAUGAAUUCGAAGUGUUUUACGAUAAAAAAGAUUUAUCUAGAGCAAUUAGCAUUGCCUACGUAGGACCAUCGGUUACUCCUUAUUAUGAUUUGAAUCCAGGGUACAGAAUAUAUUACGUAGAUGGUGAUCAUGAUAAAUCUACUAGAGCUGUUGUGGACCACGAAACGUGGACAAUGAAUCUACGUGAAGCGAAUGUUUAUGGAUAUCCACUGUGGUUUAAGCUUUACACUGCGAGACAAGCUUUUGGUUUAGACGCGUUAAGACCCCAAGAUUGGGACGAACUUGUUACCAAAAUGACCAAUGAUCCAAAGUUAUUUGAAUUAUUUUAUAAGUAUUAUUACAAAGCAAGUCCGGUAAGACCGAGUUGUGAUAUCGCGUGUAAAAAGAAAAUAUUAUGUGAUCUACAUUCGGGUCGAUCACAUGAUAGAAAAAAUUUGUGUGAAAAUAUUGAGUCAAGAAUAGAUUCUACCUCCAACGUUAGCUGGAGGGAAUGGUUCUAUAACACCAUAUCAGUUUCCGUGUCAAUGUUGAUGUCUAUCCCAAGACUCACCAUACAACUACCAAAAUACGUGUUGGGACUCGGAUAAAAUGGUUAAACUAGUUUUUAAAUGGAUUUCUAAAAGUGAUUCAAGUCGUGGUGGAAUGAGUGAAAAACAAAAAGAAAUUAUUUAUUAUUAUAAUUAUUUACUUAGAUAAUGUUGAAGAAGUUAAAGCUUAAGGUAUAAUUCAGUUAGUUACACUUUUUUAUUUGUUUUUAUUGUGAAAACAGUCGACACUCUUUCACUUUUUCAAACAUAUAAGGGCGGUUCGGUAAGUUUUUUUCAACCUUUUAACUCUACAUGUAUCAAAUGUCUGAUCGAAGUCUUCAGAUUUGUAGACAAGUAAUAAUCGGGGCUGAGUCCCAUUAAAAUGGAAGACGAACUAAUUUUUUGCUUAAUACAACGUCUUUUGAUAUAAAAACUGCACGUGUAUGCACCUUUGCAUUCCACCUGUACGAAAGAACUUUUUUUUGAAUAUGCAGUUAUUAGGUAUCUGGAUCAAAGCAAAACAAUUCAAGAUGUCACAUGAUUGCGUUUAUUGUCGAUCAUGAUCAAACGCAGAAAGAUUUAUCGAAUCCAAGUCAUUACUCAAAAUUUGAACCACUGAGUAAUGUCGUCGUAAUGGCUUCCAUAAUUUCUUAUACUUUUCUGAUCGGUCAAUACCAUAUCGUAUUUUUUUUAACUGGUUGUGGGUUAACUGGACAUUUGAAUUGAACACAGAAAACCAAGCUUAGGGUUUGGGUAAUGAGUACACGAAAUUUACUUCUUUCCACUAUCUCCUCAAGUUUACUAACACUAAUAUUGAUACUGCUGCUUAUGUAAUGUUCAUCUGUCUGUGAAUGUUUAUAAGAACGAAUUGAUAUGAAAUUUUAAUGUUGGACGGAUCAAAUUAACUCUACAAUGAUUAAAAAUACAGUUGCAAUAACCAAUUGAACUUCUGAAUUAAAUGGUUUGCUUUUAAAGUCUUCAAUAAAAUUAUCUGCCUUGAGCUGAUUCAAUCAUAAAAUGAAAAUGUGUAGAUAUUGAAGACUAGCCGUUAUUUCAAUCAGAAUGAUAUAGGAAUGAUUGUUUUAUUCAGUAAACUUUAUCAUGAACUUAAAAAAUAUAAAUCAUAUAAUGUUUGGGACACUAUCCCGAUUGCAAGAUAUUAAAAUCUGAGUGUAAAGGAUUGAAAAUUAUGCGGAUAAAUUCUAAUCAAGGUUGAAAUAGUUGUAAAUUUGAACAAUUUUUGAUAAAUAAUUUUUUUCAUAAUAAAUUGUGAGAGGUUUAAUAUACUUCAAAGUACAUUUUUAAUAUCUGAACUAUACCUUAGGCUAAAAUUCUGUAAUAAGUGGUCUAUAAACAUUCAAAUUACAUCUGACGCAUAAUUUUUUGUUUUUACAAGUUGAUUCUCACAAUAGUAUUGUCCUAAUGCUUCAAGGUACGUCCGGAGCAAAGUGCUAAAGCAAACAUUGACUUUAUUCAUCAUCGUAGUUUUCAUUAAUUAUUCCUAUUCAAUGUAUGAGAUCUUCUACAAAUAACAUGAAUAAUAAAUAUUUUUUUGCUGUUAUUAUGUAUCACUUUAUACAAUCUAAUGUUUCUCAACGAAAAGGGGUCCCAUAAUUCUGGGUGGUUGGCACCAGGUCUUCAAAAUGAGAAAAACUAUAAUUACCAUAAAAAUAAUUUAAUAAAUAAUAGAAUGUACAGGAGAAAAAUCGCUUUUAGAGGGAUGGUUUCGUUGGUGUUGUGUGGUCUCCCUUGGAUAAGUUCCGUCUUGAAUUUUUUAUGAAAAUGUCUCGCUAAAAAUCACUAAGCGACAUUUUGUAGUCAUCUCGACGACGAAAUGUAGUAUUAGCAGAAUUUAUUUCUCAGAAAUGUUAUUUCUAUUGCAUGCGAAAAGCAAAAAAAAACAUCGUUUUGAUAAUGAGACGAUGUGCAUAGGUUGACGUAUUUUGACCUUUAGUGGUCAUAGUUCCUCAGGAAGGAUCUAAAAUGCUUAUGACCGGAUAUAGACUCCCAUCGAGCAUUCAGCAACGAAUAUUUAGUUCCAGUUCUGCCGUCCAGUCACUUUCCGUCACCCAGAAUAGGAAAACAUCGUUUUCUUCACCUAAUUCAUUUAAUGUUUCCCGAUACUUCAUGACCGACUUCGACUUAAGUAUUUGUGAGUUGAUAGCUCUCUUUCCCGACAGUUUCUGUUCAAAUUGAACUGUAUACACCUUUCCAAUAGCUAGAAAUUCUGACUCGAGCAUAUUAGGAUGGGAUUCAAAUCAUGAUCACCACUGUGAUUAUAUCCACGUUUUAACCUUACUCCACAGGCUUGUACAAUUUUUACGUUAUUCGAUGCCCUCCCUGCAUGAUGCUGAGUCUUCAGAUUUACCCCUUGCGAUUAAGACUAUGUCCUCUUACUUGUAAAGGUAACAAGCAGACUUGUAGUCGCCUUUCACAAGCUUUUUAUAUGGCAGCAACUGAGGCGGCAGUCAACCGCAAACUCUCGAUUUGUGCUGCAAUAUUCUGAAAUUGGUUUCAUAAUUUAUGAAAUGGAGCUCAUGAAUGUAUUCAUAGGAGCAGAGUUGCUUUUUUCAUUAUAUCUUUAUAUGAAAAUUAUUCUAUUGAAGCAGUUACAUUUCCCUCGUCACUACGUAUUCUUCUUCUAACUAUUAUUAUUGAUUUUGCCCUUUUCUACGUCUAAAAUUUUCAAUAUAAUCUCCUGAAGAAUGGUGCAGAAAAAGCAAUUUCUUCAUAAUAAUCAUAUUACUUUUGUUGGAUUAACUUCCAUUGACUUACCACAUAAUUCAUGAUAUUUUUAGAUAUUUGACUGUUUGGAGCGUUAUGAUGUUAUAAUUUUAAAUUGUAAAGACCACUUAUUAAAUCACUAAUACAUUUCACUUAAAUAUAUUUUAUCAUUUCUAUAUUUAAGUUCAAUAUUACUUCAGAAACAAUAAGUUUACACUGAAAGAUCGCUGGUAUAAUCCUUAAAAAAUUGUGUUGUCCGGAAAAAAAUUCUUCAAAUUAUCUCAAUGUUUAUUACGACCACUUUUUAAGGUAACAGCUGAUCUAGCCUUAAACUGAUUUUUAUACCACUCGCUAAUUUUGUAGUACAAUAUUAAAAAAAUAUUAUUCUUUAAUUAUAAUACCCCCUAGCGGUGAACAUUGAUCAUGCUAUCCCCUUAGAAUUACAGAAAACAACUACCAAGACCUUGAUGUUACAUUUCUAUUGAGAGGAGUUUAUACAGGAAGAUUGUUUUUUCAUCUUGGGGUCACAAUCACAGACCUAACUGUCAUUUCCAUUGAUUUUUGAGUAUUUUCCUAUGUGUAUCUUCUUGGAAUCGUUCUAAUACCCCCUAGGGGUGAACAUUGAUCAUGCUAUCCCCUUAGAAUUACAGAAAACAACUACCAAGACCUUGAUGUUAGAUUUCUAUUGAGAGGAGUUUAUACAGGAAGAUUGUUUUUUCAUCUUGGGGUCACAAUCACAGACCUAACUGUCAUUUCCAUUGAUUUUUGAGUAUUUUCCUAUGUGUAUCUUCUUGGAAUCGUUCUAAUACCCCCUAGCGGUGAACAUUGAUCAUGCUAUCCCCUUAGAAUUACAGAAAACAACUACCAAGACCUUGAUGUUACAUUUCUAUUGAGAGGAGUUUAUACAGGAAGAUUGUUUUUUCAUCUUGGGGUCAUAAUCACAGACCUAACUGUCAUUUCCAUUGAUUUUUGAGUAUUUUCCUAUGUGUAUCUUCUUGGAAUCGUUCUAAUACCCCCUAGGGGUGAACAUUGAUCAUGCUAUCCCCUUUGAAUUACAGAAAACAACUACCAAGACCUUGAUGUAAGAUUUCUAUUGAGAGGAGUUUAUACAGGAAGAUUGUUUUUUCAUCUUGGGGUCACAAUCACAGACCUAACUGUCAUUUCCAUUGAUUUUUGAGUAUUUUCCUAUGUGUAUCUUCUUGGAAUCGUUCUAAUACCCCCUAGCGGUGAACAUUGAUCAUGCUAUCCCCUUAGAAUUACAGAAAACAACUACCAAGACCUUGAUGUAAGAUUUCUAUUGAGAGGAGUUUAUACAGGAAGAUUGUUUUUUCAUCUUGGGGUCACAAUCACAGACCUAACUGUCAUUUCCAUUGAUUUUUGAGUAUUUUCCUAUGUGUAUCUUCUUGGAAUCGUUCUAAUACCCCCUAGCGGUGAACAUUGAUCAUGCUAUCCCCUUAGAAUUACAGAAAACAACUACCAAGACCUUGAUGUAAGAUUUCUAUUGAGAGGAGUUUAUACAGGAAGAUUGUUUUUUCAUCUUGGGGUCACAAUCACAGACCUAACUGUCAUUUCCAUUGAUUUUUUAGUAUUUUCCUUUGUAUAUCUUUUUGGAACCGUUUUAAUAUCCCCUAGGGGUGAACAUUGAUCAUGCUAUCCACACAGAAUAUCAUAAAACAACCGCCAAGACCAUGAUGUUAAAUUUUUAUUACCAGGAGUUCUUAGAGGAAGAUUAGGCAUUGGUUUUCCAUCUCAGGGUCAUAAUCAUAGACCCAACUGUCGUAAUUUCGAAAAUAACUACUUCAUAAGAUAUUUUAAGCUCUUUAAUAUUCGGUUUUUUUGUUUGAACGACCAGUUUUUUCAUUUUUUAUAAGUUUUCUUUUGUUUUUGAAAUGGAAGGAUAUUCGAUGUUCUAUACUGACUCAUUUCUAUUUUUAAAUCAUUCAUUGGACUUGUAAGCAGUCGAUAUAAACAGAUGAUUUUAACUUUUUGUAACUUCUUUGGCUCCUUUUUCGACUUUGAAUAAAAUUUAAUAGUUCGAUUCAUUAUAUUAGCGAGUCCACAAGCCGGAAUAGGUUCACACAGCUUGUUUCGACAUAUACCAUGAGCUUCUUUAGACUUUUUUGGCAACUUGGGACAGAAUUUCUUGUUAAUUUGUGUUUCAAAUCAAGUUUUACUGUAAUGAAGUGGCGCAACUAACAAAUUCACAAGAUGGAAUAUGUACGCGUUUUUUGAGCUUCUAUGACCCUUUUAUCAACUUGUAUCACUAUAGUACCUAUAUUAACAGUCCUACAAGCCAAAAUCAGUACAAUCUGCUUGUCUUAACACUUCUUUUGCCUUUUUUACAUCUUGGAAUAAAAUUUAGUGUUGAUACAUGUUUCAAAACUUGUUUUAUUGUAGAAGCUGUGCUAAAGUGGCUGCAUUAGCAAAUUCACAACUUGGAACAGGUUUUAGCACAUUUUAUGAGUUGCUUUGGCCCUUUUCUUCAACGUGGGACAUAAUUUAAUGUCAAUAUGUAUGUCAAAUAUUUCAUUGUCCUAAAGUAGCCAUAUUAUUAGCAGACCCGCUACAUAUGUCACUGACGAAACUUCCACUAAGUUUCAGACAUGAAAUAAAUACAGAAUACAGAUUUAAAAGAAUUUUAAAGGCCGAGUUUAUUACUGAAGUGCCACACUGAACCAAAACUGUAUAAUUCAACCGAGUACUCGUGAUUUUCAUAUUGAUUUUGUAUUUGAAUAAUGAAUAAACUUUGUGACCAAACCAAACUGCUUGGAUCUUUAGCUCAGAGCCUCUUCUAUGUAGAUUGUUUUUUUACCCAAUAUCAUAUUUAGUUUUCGUCUAUCUUAGUCUUUAUUAUUCAGUGGUCUUCUUACUAUAAUUGUAGAGAUUUUUAUUUAUUUUCAUAAAUAAAUAAUCGGUCUUUCAGUGUAUCAAUUUUAUUUGAAUUUUUAAAGGUUAUGUAAAUUGUGUGAACAUUGAAGGCUGUGUAUUUUUGACAUGAUCAAAAUACCAACAUAUAUGUCUGAUAUUUUUCUGAAUAAAGACACAAUUAUUUAUUUUUCUUAUAAUUAUAGUCAAUAGUAGAAGUAGAGCAUUUCACUACUAACUUUUGAUCUGACAAUCAUUUCGGUGCUGAGUAGUAAAUGUUGACUUUCAACUAUUUCUUAGUUAAAACAUGUACAUAUUAUUCUACAAAUAUACAUUAAAAAUAUCA